CACAUGACCGUGACGUCAUCACAAGAGUCAGCGUCCACCUCCUCCCACGUAAAGAUGGCGGAUAUUCUGAAGCAGGCGCAGCUGCAGAAGAGUGUUAAAAUUGCCCCAGGAGCAGUUGUCUGCGUGGAAAGUGAAAUUAAAGGGGAAGUCACAAUUGGGCCAAGGACAGUAGUUCACCCUAAAGCUCGUAUUUAUGCUGAAGCAGGCCCCAUAAUUAUCGGAGAAGGCAACCUGAUUGAGGAGCAGGCUUUUAUAAGAAACAGUUUACCAGAAAACAUUGCAUCCGACUCAGAAGAUGUGGAGCCAAAAACGAUGAUCAUUGGCACCAACAAUGUGUUUGAAGUUGGUUGCUAUUCUCAAGCAAUGAAGAUGGGAGAUAACAAUGUUAUUGAAUCCAAAGCUUAUGUAGGAAGAAAUGUCAUACUAACCAGUGGCUGCAUAAUUGGUGCUUGCUGCCAGGUGGACACUUGUGAGGUUAUCCCUGAGAAUACUGUCAUAUAUGGAUCUGAAUGUCUACGCAGAGUACAGACAGAGCGCCCCCAGCCACAAACUUUGCAGUUGGACUUCCUCAUGAAGAUUCUUCCAAAUUAUCACCACCUCAAGAAGACCACAAAAAUCAGCAAUUCUUCAGUGAAGAACUAAUGCAUCCUUUUACGAAUUGCCACAUUUAGCUCUGUUCUCUUGUUUCUUUUACACUAUAUAUUUACCAUUGUUUCUCAUGCUAUUUAUUUAUUAGUUUUUUUGCCAUAUGUUUACAUUCUAAAGAUAGAUUAUAGCAAAAAUAUGUAUUAUGGGGCAUCGCUUUCUUCAUUCUAAUAAAACAACUGGUAAUA